AUCGUGACAUAUCAUUUCCAACAGAACUCGGUCUAUACCCUCGAAUCCAAAGUCUUUACAGAAUUUGUCAUCGGGGCAUUCAUUACACCCCUCGACGACCACGAGCAAUACAGCCCGAGUCUACAUUUCACCAAGAAGAAUCGAGAAGCCUCUCCUGCAAGGUCUCUGGUUUGAACCAGCCUGUAGCCCAACAGAUCGCUCCCGAACGUACGACUGGAAGACAGAUAUAAUAGAGGGGAGCGGGCCACCAUAUCUUGUCGCCAACCUCACAUUUCCAAAAGGCACGCUGCCACGUUCAUUCGAUAUCCGGCAAUAUGUCGGUCGCAACACGAAGUUUGCUGAUGCCGCCUAUGCCGAAUAGAGAGGAUUUGCAUGCAACAUGGGCAUAUCUCGAGGCUGGCAUAUCCAAGAUAAUGAUUGACCUGCAAAGCGGUAUCGACAUGAAUACUUACAUGGGCGUUUAUACGGCCGUCCAUAACUUCUGUACAUCUCAAAAAGCUAUCAGUUCCACAACCACCGGCGUUAUUGGUGGUGCGCAUCGUGGCGCCCACCUUCUCGGCGAGGAACUAUACAAGAAUCUCAAGACAUAUCUCGUCCAUUAUCUGGAAAGCCUCAUUGCCGAGUCACAAAAGCACGUUGACGAAGCCCUUCUUACGUUUUACAUUCGGGAAUGGGACCGGUACACGACGGCAGCAAAGUACAUCAACCAUCUCUUCCGGUAUCUCAACCGGCAUUGGGUGAAGCGCGAAAUGGACGAGGGGAAGAAGGACGUUUAUGACGUUUAUACGUUGCACUUGGUACAAUGGCGCGCAUAUUUGUUUGAGGCAGUCCACAAGAAGGUAAUGGCAGCAGUGCUGAAGAUGGUAGAGAAACAACGCAAUGGAGAAACCAUUGAGCACAGUCAGAUCAAGAGCAUAGUCGACUCUUUCGUCUCGUUGGGUCUGGACGAGGCAGACUCUACCAAGGGAACUCUGGAUGUCUACAGGUUCAGAUUUGAGAAACCAUUCCUGGAGGCAACCAUGGAAUUCUACCAGAAGGAGUCGAAACAGUUUGUGGCUGAAAACAGCAUUGUCGAGUACAUGAAGAAGGCCGAGAUCCGACUGGAUGAAGAGGAGGAGCGGGUGAAUAUGUAUCUGCAUCCCGACAUCAUCGCGGCAUUACGGAAGGUUUGCAAUACUGCCCUGAUUGGCGACCACUCCGCAGUCCUUCGAGACGAGUUCCAGUCGCUUCUGGACGAUGAUCGCGUGGAAGAUAUGCAACGCAUGUAUAACCUUCUCGCAAGGAUACCCGAUGGUCUUGAUCCGUUAAGGAUAAGGUUCGAGGCACAUGUGCGGAAAGCAGGUCUUGCAGCCAUAGCAAAGGUUGCAGCAGAUGCGGACAAAAUGGAGCCGAAGAUUUACGUGGACGCCUUACUGGAAAUCCACACACAGUAUCAGGCGCUUGUCAAGAAAGCCUUCAAGGAUGAGCCCGAGUUCACACGCUCACUGGACAAUGCGUGCAGAGAGUUUGUGAACCGAAACUCUGUGUGCAAGUCCGGCACAAACAAGUCCCCGGAGCUCCUAGCAAAAUAUACCGACGCAUUAUUAAGGAAGAGCUCCAGCAGCGCUGAAGAGAGCGAUCUUGAGGAGACCCUGACACAGAUCAUGACGGUUUUCAAGUACAUCGAGGACAAGGAUGUAUUCCAAAAGUUUUACUCUCGCAUGCUUGCAAGGCGGUUAGUCCAAACCACCUCAUCAUCGGACGAUGCCGAGACGAGCAUGAUCAGCAAGCUGAAAGAAGCUUGCGGGUUCGAAUACACGAAUAAGCUCCAGCGCAUGUUCCAGGACAUGCAGAUCUCGAAGGAUUUAAAUAGCGGGUACAAGGCGUUCGAGGCCAAGCUGGUUGAGAGCGACGAUGCGACGGGUGUCAUUGAUGCCACCUACUCCAUUCUAGGCACGGGAUUCUGGCCGCUGAGCGCACCCACCACAUCAUUCUCGCCGCCGCCGGAGAUUGUAAAGGCAUACGAGCGCUUCCAGAAGUUCUACAACCAGAAGCACAGUGGCCGCAAGUUGACUUGGUUGUGGCAGCUUGGCAAGGGCGAGGUCAAGGCAAACUACACCAAGACGAGCAAGAUCCCGUAUACGUUCCAGGUAUCAACAUACCAGAUGGCCAUUCUCCUCCUCUUCAACGAGCGCGACGUCAACACGUACGACGAGAUCAUGAAGGCGACGCAACUGAGCCAAGAGGUCCUCGACCCGCAAAUGGCCAUCUUUGUCCGCGCCAAGGUCCUCCUCCAGUCCCCCGCGGGACCGAGCUACACCCCCGACACCAAAUUCUCCUUAAACUACGACUUCAAGAAUAAGAAGAUCCGUGUCAACCUCAACAUCCAGGUCAAGUCGGAGCAGAAACAGGAGGCGGAGGAUACGCACAAGACUAUUGAGGAGGACAGGAAGUUGCUCAUGCAGUCCGCAAUCGUCCGCAUCAUGAAGUCCCGCAAGAAGAUGAAGCACCGACUCCUCGUCAGCGACACCAUCGACCAAAUCAAAUCGCGCUUCGUCCCCAACAUCCCCGAUAUCAAGAAGUGCAUCGAGAUCCUCCUCGAGAAGGAGUACCUCGAGCGCCUCGACGACGACGAGUUGGGAUACCUUGCUUAAUCUCCCCCUCCCGACAAGCUUCACAAACCCCCCUCCCUUUCCUACUACCCGAAUCCACUCAACCGUAUCUAUCACCUCCGCGCCGUCGGGGCGUGGUCCGGAUCUACUCUACUUAUCUAUCUACACACAAACAACACGACUUAUGACAUUGACAGCACGGCGUCCAUCCCGGGACGGGGGCAGGGGCGUAGAGACUGUAUUCGGGGCUGGGGACAGCCAGCACCAGACUGCGGAGAGGAGAGAGGGAGGAAUAUUGACAUCUGGGGCUGGGGCACGAGAAGAGAGGGUGUAUGCGCCUAGGUUGUGCUGCUGCUUGCUGCGCGUAAUUAGAUCGGAUGAUACCGCGGGAGGGG